AUGUAUGUCGUGGCUGAACUUUAUAACUUGUCUUCUUCUAGAAAGCUCUUGUCAGUGUCUCGACUUCUGAAAGAGGCAAAUACAUUCCAGGGCAGCGCCGCUUCCUACGCACGCAUAUCAGCUGCUGCGUUUAAUUCCACCGGGACUGUUCUCUAUUGUUCGGACAGUCUUGGUGCACUGUUCAGCCUUGAUCUCCUUCAAAAUAGGUAUCGUAAGGUCGUUACACUGAAUUCUCGCUGUUGCAUUCUGCAAAGCGAAGCGCGAGAAAAGGGUCGCCUGCUCGCUGCGACCGUGGAUAACACCAUCCGCGUCAUAGAUGGAGAGCAUGGUGACCAGAUCCAAGUCUUGCAAGGUCACACGUCCAAUGUGUCUACUAUCUCCGUACAACCGAAUGCUGGCAUGCUUAUGCUUUCCACUGCGUCCGACGGUGCCGUGCUGUGGGAUCUACAGACAUUCCACAAACGUAGGCGUCUAAGAGCUCGGUCUAACAGCGCCAUCCAGACGGUAGGUAAUAACACCUAG